ACCGCUAAGGACCUACUCUUGAGCUCUCCCAGCGAGAAGGAACAGCGCCAAGAUUUUGUACACCUGAACGCCAGCAUCCUCCCUUCAGUCUAGACCGACAAUCGACUCCCAAAAUAUGCCUGGUAGAAGAAGACCUGCAUUACAAUACAGCGAUGACGCUACGCGGAAAAGAAAGCGCCAGCAUUCGGCUUCAACUGAUGAUGAAAGUUCUAGAAGAGGAAAGAGGCGAAGAAGCAGCCCCAACACCUCAGAGUCCCGGCGACAUAAGAAGCUUGGUGAAGAAUCAAGUGGGCGAAAGCGCAUGACAGGAACUAAGGAAUUUAUAGAAAAAAUGAAGUCAUUAAAAACYAGUACUAGAAAGAUUGAAGCUUCUCAGCUAAAGCCCGAGAAGGUUGAUUUUCACAUUGAGGAAAACCGUGCAGGUCACCACACUGAUGAAUAUGCUAUGGAAAGUCUUAUUAUAAGGAGGGGACAAGAGUUCAAAGUUACUCUAGCAUUUGACCGUCCAUUUGACCUUAGAAAAGACCAACUGACCUUGCAACUUACUUUUGGGACUCGACCUCAAAAAAGUAAAAACUCUUUGAUUCGUGUCAAAGAAGCCAAAGAACUUUCUACGUCAUCCUGGGGCAUGCGCGUAGAUGGUACCGUACCAGGUAACAAUGUUAACCUGACAUUGAUGUCUCCCGCUAAUGCCUUUGUUGGAGAGUACUCCGUCUACGUUGAAACCAAAACCAAGAAAACAGGAAGCGAAGAAUGUCUCAGGUUUAGGAAGAAACUUAACGAAACGUUUUUUGUUUUGUUUAACGCAUGGUGUAAAGGUACAGUACUCGUAUAGGUGGAUCUUUGUUUACAUGAUUUUCCUCAUUAGCAUAAGCUUUUUUGCUUUUAAACAAGCUAAAUCCAAAUCUAUACUGGAUAUUUACAGAUAUUAGCUCAAUUAGCACUCCACGAAAAUUUGAGCUUGAUAUAUCUAAUAGAUUUCGCAUAAUAUGGCUUUAAAAACUACGAAUUUUACAAAGAAUGUAUGGGCUCAUUAGCGCUUUGCCACACAGACUUUGCCACACAGAAAAAAGCCACGAAAUAAGAAAACUUAAAUCAAAACUUAGAAAACCUCGUAAAUCUACAGAUUUCACAACACUUUGAGCUUUUUGCAUUCAAUUUUAAACACGAUAUAUCAGUUUUGAGAACAAUGGAAAAUCGGGCUGUGUGGCAAAACGCUAAUGAGCCCAUACAUUCUUUGUAAAAUUCGUAGUUUUGAAAACCAUAUUACUCCAAAUCUAUUCCAUGGAUUUAGCUCAAAUUAUCAAUAACAGCUAAUCUUACAGAGUUCUUUCAAUAUUCAGUGUGUAUGUGGUGUUAGCCGAAAAAAAAAUGUAAACAAUGACGUCAGCAAAGAUCCACCUAUAGUUCACGUUCUCACGUUCUCUGCCGACAACCGAGAGAAAUUGUGACUGAAUAGACCUCUGUUUGGGACAAAACAUGGCGAUUUUCUUUUGUUUUCUCCAGAAACUGUUCCCACAAUGCAUUGCUAAUCAAGCAGUGACGUAAAAGGUUCAGAAGUCUAUUGUAAAUCAACUGAUAGCUCCGUUUCACACCUCGGCAACUAGAAUCCCAAAAGUGUUUUGUUGUUUAAGGACAGGAAUUAUUCCAUUUGUUUCAGAUGACACGGUA